CUAUCGGUAACUGUCGGAGGAAGCUUGGAAUAAACAUGGAGGACGACAAUUUUACCGUUGGAGGAAAACCGCUUCAUGAACUCAGAGUUGUUGAUCUUAAAAAGGAAUGUGACAAAAAUAAGCUUCCCAAGAAUGGAACAAAGAAAGAACUGAUUGAAAGACUUAAAGCGCACUAUCAAUUCGAGAAACUACAGAAUGCAGAAACAACUGAUGAAGUGCCAAAUCAGAAGAUCCAGGAAGGUGCAGCAAUAGAAAAUGACUUCAUCAAGCAAUAUUUAGCUAAACAAAGGGAACUAAUUGUGGAACAGAAGAAAAGAUUUUCAGAGGAAGACAGUCAAGAGUCCGGAAACUCACAGGAUGAGUCCGAGUCCAGUCCAACCAAGAAAAGUCCAUCCAAGAGUUUUGGUGAGCCGAGUCCAACAAAGACACCUACCAAACUAAGCUUUCCUGAGUCUACGAAGGGUGAAUCAUCCAAUGGUGGAGAUGUCAAAGAAAAGACAACUCCAAAAGUUAGUCAGGCUGUGGAGGAAAGUCCGGAGUCCUCUAGAAGUUCCCGGAGUAAACGCUGGAGGAAGACUUCCCGAGACUCCCGGGACUCGACCCAGGAAGUGGCAGCGGCAGAGGAACAACAAAAAGAGAAAGAAGAAAAGAGAAAGGCAGAAGAAGAAAAAAAAUUAGAAACUGAUAAAUCUGAAAAAGAGGCUAAAGAAAAGGCUGAAAAAGAGGCCAAAGAAAAGGCUGAAAAAGAGGCUAAAGAAAAAGCUGAAAAAGAGGCUAAAGAAAAAGAGGCUAAGGAGAGAGCAGAAAAAGAGGCCAAGAAGAAAGCAGAAAGAGAAGCAAAGGAAAGGGAAGAAAAGAAAAAGGCUGAAAGGGAAGAAAAAGAGAGGCUUCAAAAAGAAAAAGAGGAAAAGAGAAAGGCAGAAAAAGAGGCUAAGGAGAAGGCAGAAAAAGAGGCUAAGGAGAAGGCAGAAAAAGAAGCUAAAGAAAAGGCUGAAGAAGAGGCUAAGGAAAAAGCAGAAAGGGAGGCAAAAGAAAAAGCUGAUAGAAAGGCUAAGGAAAAAGCAGAAAAAGAGGCUAAGGAAAAGGCUGAAAAAGAAGCUAAAGAAAAAGCAGAAAGAGAAGCAAAGAAAAAAGCUGAAAGGGAAGCCAAAGAAAAGGCUGAAGAGGAGGCCAAGGAAAAAGCUGAAAAGGAAGCUAAGGAAAAAGCUGAAAAAGAGGCUAAAGAAAAAGCAGAAAGAGAAGCAAAGAAAAAAGCUGACAGGGAAGCAAAAGAAAAGGCUGAAAAGGAAGCAAAAGAAAAGGCUGAAAAGGAGGUGAAGGAAAAAGCUGAAAAGGAGGCGAAGGAAAAAGCUGAAAAAGAGGCUAAAAGAAAAGCUGAAAAAGAGGCUAAAGAAAAGGCUGAGAAAGAAGCUAAAGAAAAAGCUGAGAAAGAGGCUAAGAUAAAAGCUGAAAAAGAGGCUAAGGAAAAGGCUGAGAAAGAGGCCAAGGAAAAGGCUGAGAAUGAGGCUAAGAAAAAAGCUGAAAAGGAGGCUAAGGAAAAAGCUGAAAAGGAGACUAAGGAAAAAGCUGAAAAAGAGGCCAAGGAGAAGGCUGAAAAGGAGGCUAAGGAAAAGGCAAACAAAGAGGUAAAGGAAAAGGCAGAACAGGAAGCAAAAAAGAAAGCAGAUGAGACAGCAAAAGAAAAGGCUGAAAUAGAAGCAAAAGAAAAGGAGGAUGCCAGAAAGAAAACUGAAAAAUUAGAAAAAGAUAAGGGUGAGAAAGAGACCAAGGAGAAAGAAGAGAAAAAGCAAGCUGAGAAAAGCAAAGAAAAGAGGGAAGGAAGAUCUAGGAAGAAGUCCUCUUCCUCUUCAUCAUCUGGUUCAGACACUGAGGAGGAGGAAGAUCCAAAGAGAAAGCAGAAGAAAAGAUCAAGUGCUAGAUCAGGAUCUUCUUCCAGUUCUUCCUCAAGGUCAUCAUCAAGGUCGUCGGAGUCUGAUAGAUCUAGGUCAAGGUCACCCAAGAAGUUCCGGAGCAGGUCUCGGUCUACAUCUCCUGUGCAGCCCGGCAGCACUGUGUCAGUGGUUAAGACCUUAAAAGAACAGCCAUCAAAGGAUAAACAAGGAAAAGACAAGUCCGACUCCCAGACAGGAGAUACAUCAAUGGAGGUGGAAGAAGGGGAAAUUCCAUCAGAUGCCAUGUCGUCUACCACAGACAAGGAAGAGAAAACAGACAAAAAGAGUGAACAACAAACAGUUUCCUCAUCAGCCGAGGACAAGACCCAGAAGAAGCCUGAGGAACCCCAGGAGAAGCCGGUCAGGAAGAGGAAAUGGGGAUCGGCCCGGUCAAGUAGCAGCACCACCACUACCCCCCAGGCCAAGAAUAAAAGACUGUCAAGUAUAGAGUUCAGUACGGAGUCACUCAAGGAGCUGAUUCCAGACAUCAAAUCCAGCCCUAUAUCUGAGCCAGUCCUGGAUCUGGAUCUUCCAGAUGAGAAGAUCUCGGAUCAAGAAAAUGAACCCGAGGAAAAUCCACAGGAGGUCAAGAUUCAAAGAACAAUUGUUGUGCGUGAAGAUGAGGAGAAAGGUGAUGACGGAGAUGAUAGGUCAGAGGGCGAGGUCGUGGAUGAGGAUGACAAGGACAAGGAGUCGGACAGUGAGGAUGAGGAGCAAGGGGAGGGCACAGGUGACCAGGAGGAGCCAGCCAGGAAAGUGGAGAAAAAAGAGGAGUCUUCACCAGAGAAAAAAACAGAACCAAAAAUCAUCCGACAGAUCAGUCGACCUCAACCACUGAUAGAACCAGAUGAACCGACAGCAGCCAGAAGGUCGCCAUCUCCUCCCAGAAAACCAGUGUCCAAUGUGGUUCACAUCAGGAACCUGGUGCGACCCUUCACCCUCAACCAGUUAAAGGAGUUACUGAAGAGAACCGGAAACUUGGUGGAGGAUGGCUUCUGGAUUGAUAACAUCAAAUCCCACUGUAUUGUAACAUAUGAAAAGGAAGAGGAGGCAACAGCAACAAGAAAAGCCCUGCAUGGAACCCAAUGGCCAUCAUCAAAUCCCAAAGUUCUCAGAGUGGAAUAUGCUUCUCAGGAGGAGCUGGAAAGAUUCCAAAAUGCAGACAAACCCAUUGUAAUAACCAAAGAGGUCAAGCAGGACACUAGAAAGGAGAGGGAGGAAAAAGAAAGAGCGGAGAGGGAGGCAAGGCGGGAGGCCAGGAAGAAGGAAGAGGAGGAGAAAAAGAGGCGCCGGACACCACCAAUGAGGGAGUGGGACCGCCACAAAAUCAGACAGUCACAGGAAAGAGAGGAGGGGCCACCUCGCCGAGGGAGAAGUAGGUCAAGGUCACCCAAGAGGGGCCGAGGUCGGAGUGGGGAACAAGACAGUAGGAGAGACCGACGAGACCAGAAAGUUGAAGAUGAGCCCCCAGCAAAGCUCCUGGAUGAUUUGUUUAAGAAGACCAAAACCACUCCAUGUAUUUAUUGGAUACCUUUAUCAGAGGAACAGGCAUCACUUCGGGAGAAGAAAAGACAAGAAGAAAAGGAAGAACAAGAGAAAAUGUGGAAAGAGAGAGAGGAAAAUGCAGCUAAGAGAUUACAAGAAAGGUGGGAGAGAAGUCCAUGGCGAGGGGAUGAUGACCGUCGGAGAGGGGGAAUCAGAACCAGAAGUCGGAGUCGAGACAGACCCCCCAGAAAUCGCAGCGUUAGCCGCAGCAGGGACAGGGGGGCCAGAAAACGCAGCAGAAGCGAUGACCGGAGCAGGGAAAGGGGAAGAAGAAGAUGAAUAUUUUAAAUCUGGCUUUAUUAGAUCAUUUUAUUUUGUUACGUCUCCAUUAAUUUUUGUUGGGCUAGUGAAUCAACUGUUGACAGACAUCAUACUAGACAUUUUGAUAAAUAAAUUCAUUUUAAUUUG